CUCUGAUUGUCUUUGUAAAUCGAGUCGGCAAAUCUCAUUUCACUCUCAGACUUUCAAACUGUCCCUUUCACUCUCAGACUCUCCAGCUCACUCGCCUUCCUCACUUCCUCGGUUCUAGUUUUCUUCAAUCUCUCAGUCAAUCUCAUGGAGGCCGCAAUGGGAAGAUGGAACACUCUUGCACCGGAGGACAUCAUAACGGUGACAUUCGUGUGGAGAAUUUACAACUUCUCCACAUUAUCCAAAGGCAAGAAGUACUCAAAUAUAUUCAUCACCGAUGACACCGGUGAUUAUCAGUGGCGGGUUUUGGUGUAUCCCAAGGGCAAUUGUGUAGAUCACAUGUCAGCCUAUUUGGACGUUGCUGGCGCUUCAGAGUUGCCGCUUGGGUGGUCUAGACUUGCCCGCUUUAAAUUGACUGUGCGCAAUGAAUUAGAUCGCAGAAGAUCGAUUACAAAGGAAACAGUACAUAUCUUUGACAAGAACGACAGCGACUGGGGCUUCACCUCGUUAAUUCCCUUGACUGUGCUUAAUGACCAUACGCAAGGGUAUCUUGUGAACGAUACCUGUGUCAUUGAAGCAAAUGUUUCAGUUCCUAAGGCUCUUACAACCUUAGCCAACGAAGCUAGUAGUUCUGCACCUGUGCAGCACUUGGGUGGAGAAGUACCAAUGAAUGCUGAGCCUACCCAUGCUGACUCUCCAGUUGUCAAGGAAGAGCCUUUUCUGAGCUCCUUACCGAGUGGUGUAACCUCAAAUUUUAGAGGUUUUGGGGAAAUCGAUAACGCUUUUGUUCCAUUGCUGGAGGAGGUUUGUUCCUUGCGCCCUUCUCUGGUUGAAUGUAUGCAGGACCAAUGCGAACAGUUCACUCAAUGGGCGUUCACAACAUUGGGUCGACUGUUGCAUUUUCUGAACACCGGAGAGCCUCAGAAACUGACAGUGCAAUCUCGUCAAGACCUGAGGAAGUUAUGGGAAGAGCUUCAGGUCUUCAAAUUCGACUUGAGUUGGGUCGAGGAAGAUUUUGUGACGGCCUUGGGUAUGAAGGACGAACUUGAAAGAGCAAAGAAGUUGAGGGAGGAAAUGAACACUCUAGACACUCAAAGGAAGAGGCUCAAGGCCGAGCUUGCUGCAGUGGAAGUAAAUUUUGAGGAAGCACAGCAGAAGGCAGCCGAUAUUGAACGGUUGAUUGACGGUGGGCCACAAUAUAGGACUAAAUUGCUUGAGCCUCCAUCUUAAAAUGUUCUUUCUUUUUUUCUUGUAACAAAGUAGGGGGUAUACAGUUUCUCUCUCCUUGCUGAAGAUACGCCAGUGAAGGUAGAGUUCUAUGGGGGUAUGUUAUAGACUUAUGAAAUGAAACUUAUGAAAUUGUUCAACAUAUGUUUACAAUACAUAUUGUAUGUAUGAGCAACUUUCUGUCUUACAACUUAUCCAA